AUGGGAUCAGGCCAGCCCAGAGGUCAAGGAGAUCUAUGGGGAGAACAGCCUGGCGGCUGCCUGUGUGUUCCCCACAAAGCCAUGUGGCUGUACCUGGCGGCCCUCGUGGGCCUGUACUACCUCCUGCGCUGGUACCGGGAGAGGCAGGUGGUGAGCGACCUCCGAGACAAGUACGUCUUCAUCACGGGCUGUGACUCAGGCUUCGGGAACCUGCUGGCCAGGCAGCUGGACCUGCGAGGCUUGAGGGUGCUGGCCGCGUGUCUGACGGAGAAGGGGGCAGAGCAGCUGAGAGACCAGACGUCAGACAGGCUAGAGACGGCGAUCCUGGAUGUCACCGAGACAGAGAGCAUCUCUGCGGCCACCGAGUGGGUGAAGGAGCGUGUGGGAGACAGAGGACUCUGGGGCCUGGUGAAUAAUGCUGGCAUCUCCAUUCCCUCGGCACCCAACGAGUGGCUGACCAAGCAGGACUUCAUGAAGAUACUUGACGUGAACUUGUUGGGGUUGAUAGAGGUGACCCUGAGCCUGCUGCCCCUAGUGAGGAAGGCGAGGGGCCGCGUGGUCAACAUCUCCAGCAUCAUGGGCCGGGUGUCCCUUCUGGGUGGGAGCUACUGCAUCUCCAAGUAUGGCGUCGAGGCCUUCUCCGACUCCCUCAGGAGGGAGCUCUCCUACUUUGGGGUGAAGGUGGCUGUGAUUGAGCCUGGUUUCUUCAACACUGGAGUAACCAACUCUGAGAAGAUUUCUAGGGCCAUCCAGGAAGCAUGGGAUCAGGCCAGCCCAGAGGUCAAGGAGAUCUAUGGGGAGAAGUUCCUGGCAUCUGUCAAGAAAUCAGCGAAAAAGUUGAAGUCAACAUGUUGCAACAAUCUGUACUUGGUGACAAACUGCGUGGAACAUGCCCUAACAGCCUGCCACCCCCGCACUCGAUACUCAUCUGGCUGGGAUGCCAAGCUCCUCUACCUCCCCAUGAGUUACAUGCCUACCUUACUGGUGGAUGCCAUGAUCUACUGGAUGUCUCAAAGACCCAUCAAGGCUCUGUAA